UCGAUCUCGCUUCUUCUUCGUCUUCUAGAGAGUGCGGCGUCUGCUAGAAACGAACGAAUCACAAAGAGAAAUGGGUGAAGAAGCAGCUAACGUAGAUACCAAGGCAUCGAAAGCCAAGGACAUACGUCACUACCUCUGCCAGUAUUGCGGAAUCAGCAGAUCCAAAAAGUAUCUCAUCGCUUCACACAUCAAUUCUCAUCACAAGAUGGAAGUUGAAAUGGAAAGAGAUGAGGAAGAAGCCUUUGAGGUUGAUGAAGAAGAAGAGGUCUUUGGUAAAAACACUUGCCAUGAGUGUAGCGCUGAGUUCAAGAAACCUGCUCACUUGAAGCAGCAUAUGCAGAGCCAUUCCCUCGAGGAAAUGAAUGACCUUUAAUUUGUUUAAUAACAAAAUGGUCUUUUAAUUUGUGUUAUUGCGUGAGGCAUUGGAUCCCCCCAAAAAGAGUGAACUCCAAAAUGCGAGGCUACAUGUUAUGGACUAGUAUCAGGGUUGGGAGACCUCCUGAGAAGCUCCUGCUAAGACCUUUUGAGUGCUAUGUGGAUGAUUGUACUUCUAGCUAUAGGAGGAAGGAUCAUCUCAAUAGGCAUCUUCUUACCCAUAAAGGGAAGCUGUUUAAGUGCCCAGUGGAGAGUUGCAAGAGUGAGUUCUCAGUACAUGGCAACAUCAGCAGGCAUGUUAAGAAGUUUCAUAGUAAGGACGAUGGAGACAAGGACAAGGAAGAUACUGGUCAUGGAGAUUCUCAGCCCUCGGAAUGUUCAACUGGUCAGAAGAAGCUUUUCUGCAAAGAAAAUGGUUGUGGAAAGGCGUUUAAGUAUCCGUCACAGCUGCAGAAGCAUCAGGAUUCUCAUGUGAAACUGGACUCUAUUGAAGCUUUUUGUUCCGAGCCUGGGUGCAUGAAGUACUUCACAAACGAGGAAUGUCUCAAGGCACACAUAAGAUCCUCCCAUCAGCACAUCAACUGCGAGAUAUGCGGCUCUAAGCAUCUGAAAAAGAACAUCAAGAGACACUUACGGACUCAUGAAGAAGGUUCGUCACCAGGAGAAUUCAAGUGUGAAGUCGAGGGUUGCUCUUCAACAUUCUCCAAGGCUUCUAAUCUUCAGAAACACAUGAAAGCAGUGCACGAGGAUAUCAGACCCUUUGUAUGUGGCUUUACAGGUUGCGGCAUGAGAUUUGCUUACAAACAUGUCAGAAACAACCAUGAGAAAUCCGGGUCCCACAUAUACACCUGCGGAGAUUUUGUUGAAGCCGAUGAAGAUUUCACAUCAAGACCAAGAGGUGGAGUCAAGAGAAAACAUGUUACAGCCGAAAUGCUGAUAAGGAAGAGAGUCAUGCCUCCUCAGUUUGAUUCAUAAGAACACCAGACUUGCUAGUUCUUACAGGCAGAUAUGGUUUCGUUUUGUGUAAAGUUUAUUUGUUUUAUUUGUCUGUAGGAGAAAAUAUAGAGCGGGAGUAGUAAUAGUAGUGUGUAAAAGAUAAGGUUCUGGGAUAAAGAUCGACACACUUUAGAAUGCUAAAGUCAAAUCUCUUUAACUCUCGUUUGUCCAUAUUCAUUUCAAAGUCUAAAAAUCUCAAGUUUUGGGUCAAAGUAAACAAAACUUGACU